UGUUGACAUGAUCGAGGGAUGUGCAGCGAGUAUUACGAUUAUACUUUAAGAAAAUUACUAUUUAUUUCAAUCAUCGACGCCAACACAGGAGUGAAUAAAGAAAAAGUUAACAGCAUCUGCAAAAUGAACAAGGACUUAGACAGAAAACUUGAAGACCUUAUGAAAAAGAGGAAGGAACUAUCAUCAAAACGCGAGGCCAUGUGGAGAGCCCACCAGGAGGGGCAGGAGGGUGGAGAGAUCUUCCUCAAAGGGGACAUAUCCUGGGCUGCGACCCGUAACACUAACCUCGUUCAAGAGGUCCAACAAGAGAUGGCCAGACUUCGUACUCUGCAAUCAUCGCCUCUCCUCUCCAGAGUCCAUAGUUUACGUGACGAGUACCUGGAUAUGUGACUGAGUACCUGGUGGCCUUGAGUCCUUAAUCACCAUUACCUAACCUUUUUAGUGUGUGUGUGUGUGUGUGUGUGAUUUCUAUAUGCAUUUGUUAAUCUACGAGAAAAAAAAAUAUUUAAAAACUUAUUAAUAAACAUAAAAACUAAGGCAUUUUCUCAUAUGAUCCUAAUUCUUGCGUCUCGGCUUUUCAUCAGCAACAAAAAGUAAUUUUAUCUAAGUCAGUAAUUUUUCCACUGAAUGACCCACAGAGGUGUGUCUUAAUGUCUCUUACUAAACCUAACCAUAAACUAAUCUAA